AUGGUCAACUGGCAAUCCCCAGACGAGAUCGCCAAGGAUGGAGAGGCCUUCGGCAGGUUCAUGCACUGCUUGCUCGGCCUGUACAUCUGGGAAUUUGUCACGUCUCUCUCCUUUGAUUGGGAGUACAUGACCGGAAAGCGCAAGUUCAAGUGGCCGAUGAUCUUCUACUUUGGGGGUCGAUACGUCCUCCUGUUCGCUCUCAUCGGAAUUGCCGUCGCUCUGAACGUCACGAGCCCAGUCAAUUGUCAAGCGCUGUACACCGUCAACCAAAUCUUCGGGAAUGCCGCCAUCGGUCUCGCUAGCAUCAACCUGUCCUUGCGCACCAUGGCAGUCUGGUCCCAGGCUUGGUACAUCGUCGUUCCCUUGGUUGCCCUCAUCAUCGGGCAUUGGUCGCUGCUGUUGCACGGUAUCCUGCUGAAGGCGGCGUGGAUCCCUGGGACGGGCUGCGCGAUCACUUACACCAGCAACACCAUCCUUGCGGCGACUUUCAUUUACUCCAUGUGCUUCGACUUCUGUGUUCUCACCCUUGCGGCCGUCAAGCUGGGCGUUGCAAUGACUCCGCGGAGGGAUAGGUCCAGAAUCGUGCAGCUCAUCUUCCACGACGGCCUUAUUUUCUUCGUAGUCGCGUUUGUUGCGAAUCUCAUUGCCACGAUUUUCAUGCUGUUGAAUCUGAACGCCGUGAUGUCGAUCAUCGCGAACGUUCCCGCGGCUGUGGCUUCGACGAUCGUCGCCUGCCGCGUAGUCCGCCGUCUGGCUACGUACACUAACGAGGGGGCCGAGUUUAUCGGAUCAACGCGUGCUUCGACUUUGGCGUUCACAAGUGGCACUCGCUUCAUCUCUCGCGGCACGAUAUCAACGCAAGAGAAGAGAGUUGAAGAUGUUCACCUGCCGAUGGAGAACUUCGAGGCUGCUCCAGGGGACGCCUCUCCCACCGAUUCGUUCGUCCAGUACGAUGCUGCGGGAAGAAUCGUCAAGCGAGGCAACGCGGACGACUUCGACUUGGAGGCUCGAUCGUCUGAAGACCACAAGCAAGCCGAAGCGCAGUAG